UUUGACUUUUCUUUAUUUUAACAAAAAAAAAUACAAUACAAACACCGAAAACAACAGAAGAAACAGAACUGAAUUCAAAAUAUGUGACAACUCAGGAGCCAAAAGAAAAAGAUAAUUCAAGUCAUAUGAACCUAAUAUACGACAAAUCAGACACUUUUGACAUCACACUCGAUGGCAAGUACGCCAACAGCACUGCCGAUAAUGAGCUAAACAAUACGUGCCAACUGUUGGCCGAUCACCAGUCGUCCGGAUAUAUUCCCUCCGUUUUCUAUAAGUUUUGUGAUCAAAUCAACAGACAAUCAGACAAUUCUGUACUCAUAAGUCUAAGUACAUCACUGGUAGGGGUGGGCUCUGGAGGGGUGGGAAUA